AUGGAAUCCAAAAAUGAAAAAGAAGCUACUUCACAAGUUAAGUCUCAACAUAACUCUGAAGGGUUUAAACCAGAUCCUUCAUGUUGUUCCAAUGAUGUAUCUUCUGAAAACCAAAGAUUACUUCAAGUGCUAACAAAGUAUCAACAUGAUGAUAAUGGGUCCACAGAAUCUAGUGCUCAAGUAUCAGAUUUAAGCCAAGAAUUGUCAAGUCUUGUUGCCCUCACUAACAAUAAGAUUAGCUUGAAUAAUGUGCAAGAGAAGGCGAGGUUAGACCUUGUGAGAUAUCAAGAGAAAUUAUUAAAAGAGAAUUCUUUUGGCAUUGACUUUACUCAAAGCCAAGCUCAGAAGAAUCAAGAAGCAAACGGUAAUAAUGAGGAUGCUUUAGAAGACAAGGACUUGAGAUCUGGGAAUGCUACAGAAGGCUCUGGUGAAUCGCUUCAGAGAGAUUAUUGUCAAGAUGUUCUUGUGGAAACAGAUGAAGAUGAUGAAGUAUAUCAAAGUGAUUCAAGUCUAGCCCAGGAUAAAAAUGCUAUUCAAUACUACUGGGUAGACGAUGUCCUUUGCUUUGUUUAUGGAUUUCUCACUAUUAUUUGCAUGCUAUAUCUUUUUGACCACUUUCAGUGUUAA